AUGGGGUGUGCCGUAAGUUCUGCUGCUGAUAAAGAAGCUGCCCAAAGAUCGAGAAAAAUCGACAAAGACUUGCGUCUUGAAGAAGAAAGACAGGCUAAAGAAGUAAAACUUUUACUCCUUGGGGCUGGAGAGUCAGGAAAAAGUACUAUUGUAAAGCAGAUGAAAAUUAUUCACGAGACGGGUUAUUCGGAGGAUGAAUGUCUUCAGUACAAACCAGUGGUUCACAGCAACACGAUACAAAGUCUGAUGGCCAUCAUCAGGGCAAUGGGACAGUUAAAAAUUGAAUUUGGAGAUCCAUCCAGAGCGGAUGAUGCACGACAGUUCUUCACAGAAGCAGGUGCAGCUCAGGAAGGAGAGCUGAAUCAAGACCUUGCUGUGGUCAUGAAAAAUCUCUGGCUGGACUCGGGCGUCCAGAAGUGUUAUUCCCGCUCCAGAGAAUAUCAGCUGAAUGACUCGGCUUCCUAUUAUUUAAACUCUCUUGACCGAAUCUGUGAUCUAAACUACAUACCCACUCAACAGGAUGUCCUUAGGACCCGUGUAAAAACUACAGGGAUUGUAGAAACACAGUUUACUUUCAAGGGCCUUCAUUUCAAAAUGUUUGAUGUAGGAGGACAACGAUCAGAAAGAAAGAAAUGGAUUCACUGUUUUGAGGGAGUCACAGCAAUUAUAUUCUGUGUAUCUCUUAGCGAGUAUGACCAGGUUCUGGCUGAAGAUGAAGAAAUGAAUCGUAUGGUAGAAUCAAUGAAGCUUUUUGACUCGAUAUGUAACAACCAGUGGUUUGUAGAGACAUCAAUCAUCUUGUUUCUCAACAAAAAAGAUUUAUUUGAAGAGAAGAUUGCCCAGUCACCAUUAAACAUUUGUUUCCCAGAGUAUCAAGGAGCUAAUAACUAUGAAGAGGCUGGAGCUUAUAUUCAGAUGAAGUUCGAAGCACUAAACAGACGAAAAGGCACCAAAGAAAUCUACACUCAUUUUACGUGUGCCACGGACACAAACAACAUACAGUUUGUUUUUGAUGCAGUAACGGAUGUCAUAAUCAAAAUCAACCUCAAAGAUUGUGGGUUAUUUUAAAGAUUAAAACUGCCAGAGAGAAAAAAAAUUGAAGUUCAAAAGAUAUAUAUAUAUCUACAAUAAUAAAACAACUUGUUCAUGCAUCUCAGUAUCCACAAGUAUCCUCUGGUCAAGAUAUUUUAUGGGUUUCUAUGAACCACAAAAUGUGCAAAAUUACAUCAGGAACUAGUGAAGACACAUUGAUCAAGACAUGAUUUUCUAAUUGUUGGAACUUACAGUUGUUUGAGACAUUGAUUUAGUUAAUAAAAAAAACAACAAUUAUUCAGGUAUUAUUGGGGAUGCUAAUCAUAUUGCCAAGAUAUUAAUUUUCUUUGCCAGUUUGUUAUUCAGUAUUAAUAAUGAAAAUACAUUUGUAUUUUGUUUGAUAAUUUGUAUAACACUUUCAUUAGGUUAUAAGAUGUCUUAAUAAGGUUGUUAAGUUCAGUAUUAAUUUCACUAAAAAUAUUUUAACACUAAAAUUUUACAUUGAAUGUUUUUGGAUGGAAAAUGAACUGGAUUUAAUAUAAUUUCACAAGUUCUCUGAUAAUUUUGAAAGCAUCAAACAUUAACAAAAACAUAUCAUAAUGUUCAGAUUCAUGUCACCAAAGAAGUGCACUUCAUUUACUAUUUAACAUGAACACUUUCUUCACAUUAAAGUAGAUAUUAAACAGCAGUGUUACUUUAUUACAAUAUUUUAUACUCCUUCAAUCGUUAAUUGAUAAGUAUAGAAUGUAAAUUGCUAGCAUCACCACAGGGCUACAAUCAGAUGUAUUUCAUCUGAUGUAUCUCUAGUGAUUUAACUGUAAUGAGGUGAUCUUUACAUUUUGUUAUAAACAGUAAAAGGAAGCAAACUGUUCAUCUUUUUGUGAGAUCCUAUCAAAAAACAUGGAGUCUAUGUUUUGAUUUUGGUUGAAACAAAACUUAUGAGAAAUUCGUUUCGUUGUUAUUAUAAAAAUGGAUUCUUUCUGAAAUUCCAAAUUAUCUUUUUUCAGUUAUAUUCCUCCCUAGGCUUACGGAGAUUCACACCAAAACGUUUUCUCUUUGCAUAUUUUUAUUUACUUGUACACUUUUGUGAAUGAAUUACAUUGGUAGACUAUGUGAGACAGACGUCACAAAUAUAUAAAGAAUGAUAUAAUUUUAUGAUGGUACUACAGAUUUGUCUACCAAUACUCUGUGUUUUGUGUGCUUUUCUAAACUCUCAUAUCCAGUGUAACAAAUAUCCAAUCGGUAACAAUAACUAUACCACAAGUUUUAUUUUUAGUGGGCUUCAUGAGAUCAUUCAUUUCAUCCCACCAGGGUAUCCUGAAUAACACUACAUAAUUUUAGUGUGAUUAACAUAUUCAGGUAAAUCAUAGCAUCGUAUAGAAACAAACAUUAAGUUGUGUGUGUUGUUUUCAUCUUCAGCCAACCAAAGUUUGUGUUUUAUCAUAUUGGUAUCUAUUGUUCUAUAGUAUAAAAUUUUUUAUCAUGAUUCUAUCAGUUUCUCUUAUAAAUCCUUUGUGUUGAGAACACACUAAGAAAUAGUGUUUCACUGUGAUUCUAAAAUACAGUUAGCUUGCAAAACUUAAGCAUCUUGGUUGGCCAACCAGCCUUGCAUGUUGCGACUUCCAUUUGUGACUGAACAUUCAUAGAAAUAUAUCAAGACAUUAUGACAUUCCUUUAUAUUUGAUCUCUGUUGUUAAAAAAGCACAAGAAACUUUAUUUUGUCAAGCUAUAUGGUAAAUUAGUUGAUUAGCUAAAGACAAAAUUUUGGUAUAUUUUAUGAUUCUGUAACGGUCUCAAAAUACACCACAGCUGUGAAAGUGUGCCAUUUCUAAAAACGAGUUUAUGCAGAAGUUAAAGCAAACUAUUACAUGACGAUACUGCAAUAAAUUAUUUUUUUAAUGGAUGGUCAUGUUUAUUGUCAUAUUUCACUUUUUUUUUACCAUCUCCUUUGAUAAAUUUUUAUGUUCUGAUGCCUUAAUUCGUAUCUUAUGAGCAUUUUAAUGUUUGAAUUUAUAUCUUGUGAUCAGAAUUUUGAUAUUUUGACACUGACCACUUUUCACGUGUCAGGGCCAGUGGUUGAGUUGCAAUGUUUAUUAAUCAGAUCUUGGUUGUUUGUUAACCAGAUCUUAGGUAAAAAUUUAAGUUUGAUAGUGUAAAUAAAAUAGUUUGUUAUCACUCUUAUACUACUGAUGAUUGAGGUGUGGCGAGAACAAAUAUAGAGUAGAUGAUUACUUGUUUUUUAAUGCAAAUGUAUAUAUGCAAGUCUUAAAAUCAUUUUGUAUUUU